AAAGGAAGGGACGGGAAGCGCUGCCGGGCUACGCCGCGGAGCCGCUCCGAGUUCGGGGUCUCUCCGCGCAACUUGGGUUACGCGGCCGGACCUCUGCGGGGUUUCCAUCCUCUCGCCUUUCCGUCUUCUCGCAGCUGCUGCGAGAUAAUUGACUAAACCCAACAGAAAUAAAACAAACUCAGGUUGCCUAAAAGUUAGGAUACCUUACCCCCCCCCCCCUUUAUUUCUCCCGCCCCCUCCCUCCCUUUCUUUUACAAUUUUAUUCCCUAUGUGGAAGUCGUGUGUGAUUCGUGCUCGGCACACUGCAUGGGAAGAAGCGGCUUGUGCUUUGGAUCGAGGAUUUGCUGUUGCAAAGCGGUCUAACUUCCAUGCAGUGGGGCAGCCUUCACUACUAUAAACGCCUUGAUGAUGUGCUGAGGAGCCCAUGUAGAUUCACAGCUUGUGCAGAGAAGGCGCUGAAGCUACUCCUGGUGUUCUACACGAAUACUCAUUAGUCAUUCUGGAGAUGGACUUGCUGUCUGGAACCUACCUCUUGGCAGUCUUAUUAGCCUGUAUUGUAUUCCAAUCUGGCGCACAGGAGAAGAAUUACACCGUGCGGGAAGAACUGCCUGAAAAUGUCCUCAUUGGCAAUUUGCUCAAGGAUCUUAACCUAACACUGGACCCAGACGUGCCCCUUUCCUCACCACUGCAGUUCAAGCUCGUGUACAAGACUGGGGAUGUGCCACUGGUCAGGGUAGAGGAGAACACUGGGGAGAUUUUCACAGCUUCAAACCGCAUCGACCGGGAGAAGCUCUGUGCCGGCAUCUUCAGUGAGAACCGCUGCUUCUAUGAGGUGGAGGUGGCUGUUUUGCCUGAUGAAGUUUUCAGACUGGUCAAGAUCAGAUUCCUAAUAGAGGAUAUAAAUGACAACGCCCCCCUUUUCCCCUCGACGGUGAUUAACAUCUCUAUCCCUGAAAACACAGCAAUUAAUUCUCGCUAUUCUGUCCCGUCUGCCAUCGAUCCAGACAUCGGUGUCAACGGGAUUCAGCAUUAUGAGCUGCUCAAGCCCAAAACAGCUCCGAAAAGGACAUUUGGAUCCAUUACAAAUGAUCAGGGUCAAAAUGUAUUUGGUCUUGAUAUAACUGAGACACCCGAGGGAGAUAAGUGGCCUCAACUGAUUGUCCAGCAGAUCCUGGAUAGGGAGCAGAAGGAUACCUAUGUGAUGAAAAUAAAAGUGGAAGAUGGUGGAAGCCCUCCAAGGUCCAGCACUGCCAUCCUGCAGGUCACAGUGACCGAUGUGAACGACAACCGCCCGGUGUUCAAAGAGAACGACGUCGAAGUCAGUGUUCCCGAAAAUGCUCCAGUGGGCACCUCUGUUUCUCAGCUCCACGCCACUGAUGCAGACCUGGGCUCAAAUGCACAAAUCCACUUCUAUUUCAGCAAUCAGAUCUCCACUUUGGCCAAAAGGCUGUUUGCCAUCGAUAACACCACUGGCCUCAUCACUAUAAGGGAACCACUGGACAGGGAGGAAUCUCCUGUACACAAAUUAACUGUUUUGGCAAGUGAUGGCAGUUCAACUCCAUCAAGAGCAACAGUGACUGUUAAUGUCACAGAUAUUAAUGACAAUGUCCCAUCGAUAGACACGAGAUACAUCAUCAAUCCAGUGAAUGGGACAGUACUUUUGUCUGAGAAGGCUCCCCUUAACACAAAAAUAGCAUUGAUAACAGUAAUGGACAAGGACGCUGAUCAGAAUGGAAAAGUUGCCUGUUUUACAGAUCAUGAUGUCCCUUUUAGGCUAAAGCCAGUGUUUGAUAAUCAGUUUCUCCUGGAGACAGCCACAUUUCUGGACUAUGAAGCAACACGGGAAUAUGCCAUUAAAAUAGUGGCUUCAGAUUCAGGGAAACCUCCCUUAAACCAGUCUGCAAUGCUUCUGAUCAAAAUUAAAGAUGAGAAUGACAAUGCCCCAGUUUUUACGCAGCCUAUCAUUGGCCUUUCCAUCCCUGAGAACAAUGCUCCUGGUACUCAGCUGACCAAGAUUAGUGCUACAGAUGCUGACAGUGGGCGGAAUGCUGAGAUCAGCUACAUCCUGGGUUCAGAUGCACCCCCUAUUUUCAACCUUGACCGCCGAACAGGAAUUCUGACAGCAGUGAGAAAGCUGGACAGAGAAAAGCAAGACAGGUACUCUUUCACUGUGCUGGCUAAGGAUAAUGGGAUGCCACCUUUGCAGACCAAUGCUACCGUGACAGUGUCAGUCCUGGACCAGAAUGAUAACAGCCCUGCUUUCACACAUAAUGAAUAUAAUUUCUAUGUGCCAGAAAACCUGCCCAUGUAUGGCACAGUGGGGCUUAUCACAGUUACAGAUGCUGAUGCGGGAGAAAAUGCUGCAGUCACUCUCUCUAUCUUAAAUGGUAGAGAUAAUUUCAUUAUAGAUCCACUUACUGGUGUAAUAAGACCUAAUAUUACCUUUGAUAGGGAACAGCAGGGGUCAUAUACUUUCCAGGUGAAAGCUGUGGAUGGAGGAAGACUGCAGCGUUCCUCAACUGCCAAAGUGACCAUCAAUGUUGUUGAUGUAAAUGAUAACAGGCCUGUUUUUGUUAUUCCUUCAUCCAAUUAUUCCUAUGAGUUGGUUCCAACAUCAGCCAGCCCGGGGUCUGUAGUUACUAAAGUCUUUGCAGUUGAUAAUGACACGGGAAUGAACGCGGAGCUCCGCUAUAGCAUCAUAGGUGGGAACUCCAGGGGCUUGUUUACAAUUGACCAAUUAACAGGCAAUAUUACUUUGAAAGAGAAGGUAAUUACAUCAGAUCAUGGCUUGCACAGACUGGUGAUAAAAGUCAAUGACCUGGGACAGCCAGAGUCUCUUUACACAAUAGCUCUUGUGCAUCUGUUUGUGAACGAGUCGGUCACCAACAGCUCCUACGUGCAAGAGUUAGUGCGCAGGAACAUGGAAACUCCCGUGGGCCAGAACAUUGGGGAUGGUGAGAUAACCCCCCAGACCAACGAUUAUGUCAAGAUCAUCAUUGCCAUUAUUGCAGGCACUAUGACAGUUAUUCUGGUAAUUUUUGUUACUGCUUUAGUCCGCUGCCGCCAGACGCCCAGGCACAAGGUUGUCCAGAAAAACAAGCAGAGUGGUGAAUGGGUUUCCCCAAACCAAGAGAAUAGGCAGAUCAAGAAAAAGAAGAAGAAGAAGAAGCGCUCUCCAAAGAGUCUUCUCCUCAACUUUGUGACUAUUGAAGAAUCCAAGCCUGAUGAUCCUGGACACGAGCACAUAAAUGGCACUUUAGACAUUCCUGUAGAGCUAGAAGAACAGACUAUGGGAAAAUAUAAUUGGGCCACCACACCAACCACAUUUAAGCCUGAUAGCCCAGAUUUAGCAAAGCACUACAAGUCUGCUUCUCCACAGCCUACCUUUCAAAUUAAACCUGAGACUCCUGUACCCCCCAAGAAGCACCAUGUCAUUCAGGAAUUGCCUCUAGAUAACACCUUUGUGGUGGGCUGUGACUCGCUUUCCAAGUGCUCAUCAAGCAGCUCGGACCCUUACAGUGUUUCUGAAUGCAGCUGUCAAGGAGGCUUCAAGACCCCAGGCCCCAUACACACCAGACAGCUCUGAACGCCAUCGCAGCUGAUGUUAUGUACUGAAGUCGUACGUGUACACAAUGAUGUUAAGCCAGCAAAUAUGAAAACAAGGAAAUAGCACGAGAAAGCCCUUUGUCCUGUCUCUGAUUGCCGAAGACAUUUAUCGUCUGAUCUCCAGAGGGGUUUGGAAGUGACGAUGAACUGUUCAAGCUGCCCUACUGAAAGGUAUCAAGGGCAAGAAUUUUUUAAAAAAGAAAAGACAAAGAAAUUUUAGUACGUUGUGCUAUAGUGUUCUAUAACGUAGUUUUGCUAAGAAAAAAGUAAUGUGACCCAUCCUUCUUCACACUUGGUGAUUAUGGUAAAUUUAUUUUGCUUGUAAUCAUCUUCUUGUCCCAGAUUAUUUUUCCUUAUUUAUUUUAGUUGAAACAAUUAGGAAUUUUGUUUCUAUAAAUAUAUUAAAAGGGAGCAAUAAAUUUUAUUCAUAUGUUUAAAAGAGAAUGUAAAGUUCUUUAUACUCCCUGCAUUUAAAAGAAAAACAAAUGAGUUAUUGUCACUUAUAGCACCAUUAUACAUGUUAAGAAUUAAGUGUUAUUUAUAUCUAUUCCAUAAUAUUUUUAAUGAUUAUAUUGCUGCUAUGGAUCAUAAAUAGAAUUGAUCAAGUCACUGCUUUCUCAUUUUAUAGGCACAAUAGUAGUAGUGAAAAACCGGUAAUUCCUGCUUUCUUAUCCACAUUUUGUAAUAAAUGGUCACCUUUUAAAUAUCUGGAAAGCAUUCACGUAACUUUUAAAAAGAAAAUUUAAUUUGCAUUUUGCUUGCUGAAGUCUGCAUAACGUCUGUGUAACAGGUGCCAAACAUUUAACCUUUUAAAGUAUUUUUACUUAAUUAGAAAAAAAAAAAAAAAAAGAAGUAAUAAAUCCAGUGGCUUGGUUUUCAGUGUCAUAAAAUAGGAAAAAGCAUAUGUAAUUUUGUCACUGUUAGCCAGCACAUGGGGUGGAAAAAAGGGCCUACUGUUGUUUGGUUUUUUUCCCCACAUUAUUCCUCUAUAUAGUCAAUCUUUUUUAAAAUUAAAGGUUUUUUUACAUUAUAAUUUGUUAUUUAGCAGGGCUCAUUUAAAGAAUAAAAUUCAAGUAUCAUAGCUUUGUUUGCAGGUUGGUUGCAAGUUCUUGUAUAUUGCCUCACAUUUUAGGGAGUAAUGCUUAAUAUGUAUCAUCUAUAAUAUUAGAAUUUCAUAUGCAAUGCAAAAUCUCUUAGAAAGCAAAGGAGUAUAAAGAACCCUGUUUUCUGCACUUAUAUGAAGACAUGUAAUAUUAGUUUGCUAGAAUAAAAUGAAAUACAGACACUGCUUUUAACUGGGAUGUAUACAGCAUAUAUAACUUCCUUUUAAAGAAAAAGUUAUUAAUGAUUCAUGAAUUAGACUACAACAUGGAAUUCUUACACAUUACUGUAUGUUUGAUGUAAAGAUAUUUAUAGGCUUGUACUUAAUAAUCACGUUGCCUCAGUUCUUGGACUGCAGAAUGUCUACCAUGACUGUUGCCUAUAGUUUGCUCCACAUUUGCUAUCUGGCUCUUUUGAAAAAAUGUGUAUUUGACUAUUUGAUCUGUAAAAUAAAUUCUAUUAAUAAUGAA